UUAUUUUGUAAACAAGUUUAGUAAAAUUGGUUGUUCCUUCUGUACAGUAAAUUCGUAGACAUUUUAUGAGAUGGAGCCGCCUGCUGCUGAUUUACUUUGGAGUUUUUUCAUGACUGCGUUAUCUAGUUAUCGCAAAGACUCCGUAUUGAGGCCUUUCCCAGCUGAAUAUCAAGAUGAUAGUGGCAAUAAAGAUUUCGAUAAACUGAUGCAGGUAGCAACAUUGUGUCCACCUCUGGUUCAAUUGAAUGGAAAUGUGGAAAAUGUGAAUGCAGAUGUGAUCAAGUUAUUGAGAUCAGUGUUAAACCCCCAAAAAUUUACGUUGAAGAUAUUGGGAAAUGAUGCAUUUCCAACUGUCUACAAGCUUCUGUCAAGAUAUGAAAAUGGACCUUCAAUGAAUACCCCAAAGCCUGAUUAUAUUUUCGAAAUCUCAUAUUCUGCCACACAAGAGAAGAAAUUUUGCAACACGCAAGGGUCUGCUUCACUAUUACAUGCAUUCCAUGGUACCAAGAUUGAAAAUUUCUACUCUAUAUUGAAUAAUGGGCUUAAAAAUAAUUUAAACAAGGUCGGUCUUUAUGGCGAGGGUAUCUAUCUAUCUAGUGACUUGAGUAUUGCAUUGAACUACAGUCCAACUGGUCAAGGAUGGGAUAACAGCAUGUUCGGAACUUCUAUUUCAUGUGUCGCUUUGUGUGAAAUGAUUGAUCAUCCAGAUGUGAAAUGUACACUUAAAUAUCAAAGAGAUUCUCAUGAUUCAGCAAUACAAAAAGAAGUUCCAUUGUAUGGUAACGUAAGACAAGACAGUGAAACUUGCUUCUCUUCCACAAGUUAUGAACCCUUGAAACAAUCCGAAAAUGCAGUAAACAGGUCAAAAAUUAAAGGAAGUGAGGGAGGAGAAAUUCCUGAAAAAUAUUUUGUGGUAAGAAAUGAUGAUUUGGUGCGUGUAAAGUAUUUAUUGCUAUAUUGUGCGACAAGUAAUCCAUCAAAAACGGAAGCUGACAGCUCAUUGAUAAUGAACUUUAUAGGGAGGCAUCAGUUUCUUCUCUCAAUGCUUUGUUAUGUGAUAUUACUAUUGCUAGCAAGUUUGUGCAAUUCCAAAAGAUUUUAUGAAUGGCUUAAUUCCUUCUUGUGACCAGGAGUCAGGUUAUUUACCAGCCAUUUACAAUCAUUCAUUUGUUCAUAUUUUUCCUAUAAUUAUUUACUGUUACAAGAUUAUAUUGUCUAUUUAUGAUCAUGUGCAAAUAUUUCGGUGUUGUCUGCUUGAGUGAAUAGCCUGACCGAAUUAUGAUACCCCAGCUAUAAAUUGAUAGGUAAAGGAAAUUGCAGGCUACAGAGAGUUUCAUCCGCGUGGUCAAUGUUUUGUAGGGAUGCUAAACAAGAUUUCUUUGGAUCUCUUUAUUCUGAAUAUCGUUUCCAUUGUUCGAUCGUUCAGGUGUUCACAAUCUUUACAAUUCGUCCCGCCAGGCGCCAGCUAGCGCAAAUUUCGAGCAAAUGUUUUCUCAAACGUCUGUAACACUUGAUUCAAUCAGGUCUUGUUAACCUUCAAGAAGUUUUAUUGUGAUAGAAGGGCACAUACUCUAGUAACCCUGCCCGCACCCACGCGUUAUAGGGACGUUUUGGACCUCACAGACUCUAGUGCGGAGG